AUGCUCACCAUGGUUGUCGCUCCUACCGCCAGGGUCUGCCUGAACGCUGACGGGAACUCUCCAACAAAGGGGACACCAAAAAAGGGACCAUGUGCAGACCUUGAUAGUCCAGAUGAACGCAACUACCACGGGUUUUAUCAACUACUCUGCGCAGUCGGUGACACCCAGUGUCGUCGCGCCCAUCCCUUUCUGGAUCAACUAGGCCUCUUCGAGGCCAAUUCGGGACGUGCAGACCUCAUCAGUCGGUACCACUAUGUGAAUCAGGGCGGCAAUGGUCCGGUGGAUGGCAUCGAUGAUGUGGAGGAAUUUUUGGAAACCAUUAAGUCCAUGCAGAGUUUAGACUUUACGAACGAGGAAAUCGAAGUUGUCUUCACAAUCCUAGCGGCAUUACUUCACUUUGGAAAUGUAAACUAUGACCAAACGCCGGAUGAGGAGGCCUUCAUAGCGGUACGUUGUGCUUGCAUAUUGCUCUCUAUAUACAAAAGCUCCCUUUUGAAAAAUAACCUUUUAACCACGUCCGGCAAAUUUUUUGCCCUAAAGUUGCAGGAAUUCACAUGA